AGUCCCACUCCAAGGCCAGCCCUAUUCGAUUCAAGCCCUAGCCCUAAUGCCCUAUUCGAUUCGACAUUCGAUCCAAGAGAGAGCCAGCACUAGAGACCCUUCUUCUUCGACCCUUCGCGAGUCCAUCUUCGAUCCUUCGAACCAGUGGGAGCUUCCUGAGUUCAUCUUCAACACUUCGAACCAGUAGGAGUCUUUCGUGAGUUCGUCAGGAGCUUCGUGAGUUCGUCAUCGACCCUUCGAACGAGUUGGUCUUCCACACUGCGAACCAUCAGAAGCCCUUCGCGAGUUCGUCAGGAGCUUCGUGAGUUCGUCGUGGACAUUUCGAACCAGAAGCUCUUCGCAAGCUCGUCUUCGAGCCAUCGUGAUUUCAUCUGCUUCGAAGUUCGAAUUUGUCUACUCGAAACAGGUCUUUAAGGUUUGGAGAUGGGGGCCAAGGGGAAGAAGCUCAUGAAGAAGAAAUUAAACAAGGUGUCUGUCGAUUUUUCGGUUUCUAGUGAUAAAAACGAAGUUUCUGAUUUCUUGCCGCUGGAAGGUGGUCCUGGGCGCAAAAUUCCUGAGCAAGAAAUACCUGAGAACACUGGCGCGGUCUUAUAUAUUGGACGGAUACCACAUGGGUUCUACGAGAAUGAAAUGGAAGGUUACUUUAAACAAUUUGGCACUAUCAAGAGACUUAGAGUUGCUCGGAAUAAGAAGACUGGAAAAUCCAAGCACUUUGGCUUCAUUGAAUAUGAGGAUUCACAGGUGGCUAGAAUUGUAGCUGAUUCUAUGCAUAAUUAUCUUUUGUUUGAGCACGUGUUACAAGUUAUCCCUAUUCCUCCGGAGCGUGUUCAUCCAAAUUUGUGGAAAGGUGUAAACCGUUGGUACAAACCACCGAACUGGGUUGCAAUUGAAAGGAAGCGGCACAACAAGGAAAGAACAUUGGGAGAGCAGAGGAAGCUGGUAGAGAGGAUCUUGAAACGGGAUAAAAAGCGGAGAAAGCGGAUAGAGGCUGCUGGUAUUGAUUAUGAAUGCCCGGAAAUUGUGGGUGACAUAGGGCCUGCUCCGAAGAAGAUAAGGUUUGAUUGAUAGGCCUUUUGCAGGACUGUAAGUGCUAUGCCCUUCCAUGAUAGUAGUUUUGGCUAGUAAGUUUGGUCAAAAACUGGAAUGACAUGGUUGCUUUUAACCUUCCUGCCAGGAUUGCUACACAAUACCCAACCCAUAUGCUUGUUUUGCACGAUGGACUCCAAACGCUCCUUGCGGAUUUGUAGAGGAUUUUUGCUGGGUAUUGCUGACUAGUCAUUAAGAUGCAAUGGGACAUGUGCUGCCUUUGGGGCGCCAGGGUUUUUUUUGCCAUCAGAAUGGGAGUAGUGUUUGUUUGUUCCCCCACCCCAGUGCGGGGAUCCUAUAAUUGGACCAUGCAUUGUUACUAUUAUUAUUAUUAUUAUUAUUAUUAUUAUUAUUAUUGUUUAAAUGAAGAAAUCUGAUCAGAGAAAAAUGUUAAACGGAUCCUGUUCGAAUUAGAUACAGGGUAUCUUCAUUCA